CUUCAUUCAGCGGUUGUUUUCGUCUCAUCCAGUUUCAGUACACUUCCUGCUAUUUGAUCGCUGAUAAGGGGUCGAGACUCGAUAGUUCAUCAAUCCACACCACGGUGAUCCCCGAUUCGCCUAUCUCGCCCCCCCUUACUCACCGGUUUCUCCCCCCGAUCUCCACCCAUUUCCCACUGUCUCCGCACCGGCAAUCACUUUUAGAGCGAGAUCCCGGAAUCUUAACGAGACCCUCGAGUCUCCCCUCAAGCCAUCACUGUUUGGGCUUCUUUGGAUGAUUUAUUCUGGUCGUUACCAACAUGGCUUCAUCACCAGCUCCAGAGAAUGGGGAAGGUCCCUCUACGCAGCCCCAGCGGUCAACACCGAUCUCAACCAGUGCCUCUGCGAGUGGUUUUCCCUCUGGGUCUCCAACGCCUGACGCUUCGGCCAGACAGGUGUCGAUCGCUCGAUUAGCCUCCCCGGUUCCUUCGCCAUCAAAUGCUUCGGCCCCCAGGCAGUCCACAAUUCCCGUUCAGGCCCCGACGAGCGCAGAGCCAAAGCUCCAAAGGAUCGAUGACCCAUCGUCUCUACCAGGACCCGGACAGUCAAUGAUCGCAUCGGGUCUCCAGGACAGUCUUGGACGCUCACCACCCAGGUUUGGAACUCCGCCUCGACGCGCGGCAUCGCCCGCGGUGUCGCACACCCCGCCCGUCAGGUCCAUCUAUGGCUCGCUUGACAACAACAACAACAACAACAACAACAACAACAACAACGCUGAUUCUGAGUAUUCGGUGGGCCCCUAUGAGGAUCCUCAGGUUGUGAGGAGGCAUCUGGUGCAACCUCAACUAGGAACGGAGGGCCGGAAUCUUCAGUCCUCGGGGGCGGAUGUCACCAGCAAUGCGGACGAUGAAUUUUCGAGCUUGCAACUACAGGGUGGAGACAUCACGCGACAGGUCUACAAAUGGGCGGAAAACGCGGAGGAAGGGGGUUUGGGGCAGAAGAACGCCCGUAGCAAGAGUUUCAGUCUCGAUCGACCGAUGCCCCAGGAUGAUACGAUGAACAUCAACACCAUCCGCGUCCCGGGAGGAUUCCGGAGAGACUACCUGCGGCGAGCGGUAGGUUCCCCUCAGCCUGGAGCUGCCGAUGGACCGGAACUGCAGUCGCAGCAGGGUCAGCCUCAAUUACCCACCAGUAGCUUCCUGGAGUUUUUGACCCUUUUUGGCCACUUCGCGGGUGAAGAACUGGAGGAGGACGAUGAAGUCCUGGGGCCCAACGAGUACUUCUCCUCGGGGACUUGGGAGGAAGGUGCCGACGAACCUGGGGAAACGUCCGCUCUCCUCCGUCCCGGAACCGCUGGCAGGCGGAUACGCAAGCCGCGUGGGGGCACGGGAAAUACCACCCGGACUGGCGCAGCCCUCCUGUUGCUCAAGUCUUUUGUUGGGACGGGGGUGUUGUUCUUGCCCCGAGCUUUCUUGAACGGAGGGAUGCUCUUCAGCAGCAUGGUCUUGCUUGGGGUGUCCCUGCUCAGUUUCUAUGCUUUUAUCUUGCUGGUGAACACGCGACUCAAGAUCGAUGGCUCGUUUGGCGACAUCGGUGGCGCGCUAUACGGAAAGCACAUGCGGCGGAUCAUCCUCGGUUCGAUUGUGUUGAGUCAAUUGGGAUUUGUGUCGGCGUACAUCGUGUUCACGGCGGAGAACUUGCAGGCCUUCGUCCUGGCUGUGAGCAACUGCAAGUCAUUCAUCGACAUCAAGUUUAUGGUGUUGAUGCAGCUGGUCAUCUUCCUGCCCCUGUCGUUAAUCCGAGACAUUAGCAAGCUGGGGUUCACGGCCCUAGUCGCCGAUCUUUUCAUCUUACUGGGGCUGAUCUAUCUCUACUACUACGAUUUCCUGACCAUCGCAACCCAGGGUGGCAUCUCCGACAUUGUUUCCUUCAACCCUUCCACGUGGACCCUUUUCAUCGGAACGGCCAUCUUUACCUACGAAGGUAUCGGCCUCAUCAUCCCGAUUCAGGAGUCCAUGAAACGUCCACAGCAGUUCCCUGGGGUUUUGGCGGGAGUGAUGGUGAUCAUCACGAUCAUUUUCCUUUCUGCGGGAGCCCUCAGCUACGCGGCGUACGGAUCUACCACCAAGACCGUCAUCCUUCUUAACCUCCCCCAAGACGACAAGUUUGUCAAUGCCGUCCAAUUCCUUUACUCGUUGGCUAUUCUCCUGAGUACACCGCUACAACUGUUUCCGGCCAUCCGAAUCAUGGAGAACGAGCUCUUCACGCGCAGCGGAAAGUACAAUCCCAGGAUCAAGUGGCAGAAGAACGGGUUCCGUUUCUUCCUGGUCAUGAUUUGCGCCUUCGUUGCCUGGGGCGGAGCCGAAGACCUCGACAAGUUCGUCUCGCUAGUCGGCAGCUUUGCCUGCGUUCCACUGAUCUACGUCUAUCCCCCUCUCCUGCAUCUUCGAGCCUGCGCUCAUUCCAGAAAGCAGCAGAUCGCCGAUAUUGCCCUGACCAUCUUCGGGGUGGUCUCCUGUGUCUACACUACCUCCCUCACCAUGGCCAACUGGGUAAACGGGGACAACACCAAGGCGCCCGGAUACUGCGACUCGCAGUGAAUCCUUGAUCCCUACAGUCCUGAUCUUUCGCUCGCGCUGGUCCUUCACCCGCAGUAAACUUGAAUUAUUUUCGGAUAGAAACGCAUACUUGUAUGAAUGACUGAUGCUACGCUGCACCAUCCUUGAUCAUUUCUCUUGUUUUU